AGAGUGCCAGCACCAACGACUUGUCCUUGCAGUUUCUUCUCUCCAAGAUGGCCAGCCAAAGACCAGCCCUCGCCGUGCUGCUGCUGGCAGCCCUGUGCUACUUGUCUGUCCCUAGCGCCUUCAUCGCUCCACGUGCUGCCAAUUCUGAGGCCGUGAGAGUUGAGCAGCGAUCUGCAGAAGGCCUGGCCUUGGGCCUUGGAGCUGGUCUCCUCACGGCAGAGCCCGCCUAUGCGGGUGGCGUCUUCUGGGAUGAGAUCCUGCCGUACUCGCUGAGCAUCAGCUUCGCCAUCAUUUGGGGCAUCAUCUUGGGCUUUGUGUUGCUGCGACUGCAGGAGGCCUUUCCCGAAUGAGCUGCUUCCUUGGUGAGUUACAACUGACCCUGACCUCAAUGCGGUCACAUAAUGACAAGAUAUGACAAGCAUUUUUCCGAAAUGUGGCAAAUUGUGGCAAAUCUCGACACAAUGGACAAAGCUGGCUCGAUUUUUGCAGCGCGCCGCAACGACCUUUUUGUGACGUAUGACGACAAAACAAAAGCAACGAAGAGAAUCCUUCACAGCCAAAGGUCAAGGCGCAAGCAAUAUGAUUUCAAUCCUAUAUAGCAGUGUGGCGAUGAAGGUACAACAAAAAGA